GGAACAAUUUUAGGGACCUUACUUAAGACUUGAUUCGCCUGUUGGGCCUGGAGAGUAUCGAGCCCAGCAGUAUCAUUAACACACCUUCUACAGAACAAAACGACGCCAUUUUAGCAUUCUCUUCAGGUAGAGAAGCUGAAACCAAAGCACCUUCCCGUCAAUUAAUCAUCAUCAACGAGAACUGCACUGCCCAAAAAACAAAAAGGAUCCUUCUUCCAGCGUUGCCAAAACGCAGCGUUUCGACCUUCUCUAUCAUCACAAUCACUUCUGCUUCACUCGCGAGCCCUAGUUCUUCUUCUUCUUCUUCUUCUUCCUUCCAUGGCGGAGAAGCCCCAACCGUUUCGCGUACUUUACUGUGCGGUGUGCAGUUUGCCCGCCGAGUACUGCGAAUUCGGACCCGAUUUCGAGAAGUGCAAGCCAUGGUUGAUCCAGAACGCCCCCGACCUCUACCCCGAUCUCGUUAAAGAUUCAAACGCGAAAGAAGCUGAUAAAGUCGCCGAGCAGUUGCAAUCUACGGGAAUUUUUUCGGGAGGUGGCGAGGGAGCUGCUUCUUCUGCAUCAAAGCCAGAGGAAGUCAAACGUCUUCCUGGUGGAAAGAUAAAGAAAAAGGAGAAACCGGAAGUUGUUAUUGAAAAGGUUACACGUAACAAGCGAAAAUGCAUUACUACUGUUAAAGGGCUGGACCUUUUUGGUGUUAAGCUUAGUGAUGCUUCAAAGAAGCUUGGGAAAAAGUUUGCUACAGGAGCCUCUGUUGUUAAGGGACCAACUGAAAAGGAACAAAUUGAUGUUCAAGGAGACAUAUUCUAUGAUAUUGUGGAGUUCAUUACAGAUACCUGGCCAGAUGUUCCAGAAACUGCAAUUUUCUUUAUAGAAGAUGGGAAAAAGGUCCCAGCUGCGUAACUUUGGAGUUGACAAGUUGUGGCAAGAUAAACAGAGUGAAUUUACUAUCUUCCUCCUGUUGGCAUGACCCAGUAACCAGAUUCACGGAUCUUUCGAAGUAUAGAGCCGUCGGAGUUGGUAACCAAAAAUGCCGAGGAGACUUUUUUUGUUUCUCUUUUCAAUAUUCUAUACUUUUAAUUUUUUUUUUUGGCGACUAAUAAUAUUGUGGUUUUGCAGUUGAAUAUGGUGUUUUAAUAUAAUGGAUUUCCUAUUGUAAUCUGUACAGGGGCGAUCUCUCUAGCAUUUUUAUAGUGUUUCCGGUUUAUGUCCAACUAAGUAAUCUAAAGGAAGGAAGAUUUCCCCACUUCAUGAU